GGCCUGUUUAAAUCCACACUUCGAAACUUCGUGGGACGAUAACAGCCGAACCGAAACAGGCCUGGUGUUUAGGAGCAGGUUGCGUAGGUAGGGCUGUCAGGUUAUGCAAGAGGCGAGGUAGUAAACACCGCCCAUCAGGUGUGUACAGGGGUGACUCACAUUUUCACCACCGAAGAGAAGAUUCACCAAAAAAAAGGCUCUUUUUUUACUCCGACAGUCUGCGGCGACAUUUGCGUUCAUGAACGCGUUUAAUAAAUGUACAUGAAGGGAUUUUUACAGAGGAAUUAACCGGCCGGAGUUAAGGCAGUAUCAAUGUUUUAUCCUAUGUAUCGGAUAUGGCCUCUGCUUCUCCUGGGAGGAUUCGUGGUGCCAGGGGUGCGACGUGUCGGUGGAAUAGAUAUUUAUACUCCGAAAGAAGUGGAAGCAGUCAAUGGGACGGAUGUGAAACUGAAGUGUACUUUCACUUCCACUCAGCCAGUGUCGAUUCAGUCCGUCACAGUGUCCUGGAACUUCCGACCCAUGAAUUCAGGAUCGGAUGAGUCGGUCUUUUACUACCAGGACGUACCAUACCCUCCCAUGCUGGGGCGUUUUAAAGGGCACGCGGUGUGGUCUGGAGAUAUUAUGAAACGGGACGUUUCCAUCACCCUGCUCAAUGUGCCUCCGACCUUUAAUGGCACCUACAUCUGCCAGGUGCGCAACCGUCCAGAUGUGCACGGCAGCAAUGGAGAGAUCUUCCUCAGAGUCGUCAACAAAGUUUCCCUCUCUGAGAUCAGCAUCCUGGCAGCGGCAAUUGGAGGCAGCUGUGCUGUAAUCCUGAUCCUCCUCAGUAUCUUCGUGGCAGUGAAGUUCUACAGGAGAAAGCACAUGGAACCCGACACUGAGCUGCAACCACCGGAACAUGUGUGGAAGGACCAGACUGUGUUGUGAGGGCCAGAGAGCCGAAGCUCCUCUUCUGUUUGUGUACACUCUGCUGAAAAAGAGAAAUUUGAGGGUAGGGAGGCGUCUUGUUCUUCUAUUUUUGCUUCUCCAAUGUGAACCUCAAAGAUAUUAUUGUAGUUUGUUUCCUUCAGCUUUAGAGAUUUAAUGUACCACCCCUCCCAUUUGUUGUACUUUAUACCCUUUUAUAUGUUUUUUACCAAAUUUGUUCUUUUAUGUAAUCAUGGAAUUUCUGGAAGAUAUUUAAUGAUGUGUUUUAUGGAAUUAUGCUGUAACCGAUUUUGAAUUUGUGAAUUCCCGGGGAAGAAUUUUAGAACCAGAGAACCAUCAACUGAUUUUAGUGGAGAAAUGUUCAUGAAUUGAUGUUUUGGUCAUCUUUGUCCACGGAAGGAAGCAGUACUUCAGUCCUCUGUGUUCGCUCCGGCGGUGGAGCCGUGGUAUUGAAGUCCCGCCCAUUAAACCAUCCUGACUAAUUUAAUCACAGCUGUCAAUCAUGACAUUUCAUCCCGUUUUUAUAGCAUUAAAUAACUAAUAUAAACCAAACUUAUCUGAAAAAUUUAAACACUUGAACAAAAGGUGUGAUAAGAACUAUCUAAAACGAAAGAAGCCAUAUUUGGGAACAAUUUAUUUGACGUGCACUUUGAUUUGAGGGGCUAAUGUAGCCUCGAGCUUCUGGCCUCAGGCAGUGACGAGAAGCGUGCUACAGAGGUCUAACUCCAUACCCCCAGAUUCUUUUCAUUUUCAAACUUGUAGUCUUCAGCCCCAACCGAUGCUGACUCAAGUGACAUCAUAUGAGUCAAUUGAUCAGACUACGCAGCUCCUCUGGAGCCACAUAAAGUUUUAUGUAACGUUUUCACAUAUGUUACUCCCCAACACGUGUAAACUCUGAUGUGUAAAUCGGAGGAUUUCCCCUUUCAUUUCUGUGUGUUUUAUGGAUGUAAGUUUGCUGUACGUGACUGCUGUAACUUUGCUUCUUUGUGCUAAUUUGACUGGGUUUCCAUACAGCUGCUGCUGAAAACCUACUGCCUUCAAUCAACGUUGUGAAAACUCGUGAAUUUUCAAUGUCGAAUAAUUUGGCUCUUUGCUAACACUGGUGUUGCCGCCAGAUGUUCGUCCUGUUCAAUUUCCAAAAGCAUCAGCUGACACAGACAACUUUUUGCUGCCAGAAAGUCUGCCAUGAGAUUUAUGAGUGAUAAACAAAGCCAGAUGUUUACUACAUUGGCAUCAUUGUACAAGUGAUUUUGUAUUAAGAAUCUGUACAUAUUGUAAAAUAAGCAAAACUCUACGUUUUUUUUAAAACAUUGAAAUGUCAUAUCUUUAUUAAGCAACUCUGAAAUAAAGAACUGUUUUUGAAAUUA